AUGGCAAAAGUUCCUUGUUUAGCAGAUGUUUGUAUGGUUCCAAUUGGUACGAACUCAGCAAGUGUUUCCGAUUUUGUUACUUUAAUUGAAAGAAAAAUACGUGAAAGCCCAUUAAAGAGCACAUUACACAGUGCUGGUACCACAAUUGAAGGUCCCUGGGAUGAAGUAAUGUCUCUUAUUGGAGAAAUCCAUGAAUAUGCACAUGCAAAUGGAUACGUAAGAAUUCAAUCUGAUAUCAGAAUCGGUACAAGAACUGAUAAAGUGCAAACUGCACAAGAUAAAAUUGAUGUAGUACUUAAGAAACUAAAUCAAUAG